AUGGUCAACCUUCGUUCUCAAAAGCGACUCGCCGCAGCUGUCGCCGGUGUUGGCAAGCGCAAAAUUUGGCUCGACCCUGCUGAACAAGCUGAGAUCGGGAAUGCCAACUCCCGCUCGCACGUUAAGAAACUCAUCAAAGAUGGCCGUGUCAUCAUAAAGCCCACCGUUAUCCACUCCCGCGCCCGCACCCGUGACCUUCUUGCUGCCAAACGCAAGGGUCGUCACACUGGUCCGGGUAAAAGAAAGGGUACUGCUGAGGCUCGUCUCCCCACUAAGGUGCAGUGGAUGCGGAGACAGCGGGUUCUGAGACGGUUGUUGAGAAAGUACAGAGAAGCAGGCAAGAUCGACAAGCAUCUAUAUCACUCCUUGUACCAAAAAUCGAAGGGUAACGUCUUCAAGAACAAGCGCGUCCUCAUGGAGUACAUUCACAAAGCUAAGGCUGAGAAGAACCGUACCAAGGUCCUCACCGACCAGAUGGAGGCUCGCCGUGGCAAGAACAAGGCUACUCGCGACCGUCGUGCCAAAAGGCUGGCAGAGAAGCGGCAAGCAAUUCUUGCAGUGGAGCACGAGGCAGCUGUUCAGGAGUAA